UUCGUCGAUCCUGCGGCUGCGGGCUCGUUCCUAUUCCUCGGAUCACAGACUCUAUAUAGACAGCAGAGCAUUCACUCGCCACUUUUGUGUCGUACAUUCGACGGCGGACUCGCAGUUUGUAUUCAAAGCGUUUCAGCUACGAAACUAAGGUACCUGCUCUUUUUGAUGAUACGGAUCAGACUGAUAAGUUGGAAGUGGGAUCUGAUGGAAAGUGAAACAUACAAAUCUCAAAUGAGAAUGAUGUUAACAGUACUGCUUGUCUCAACAUUUUCACUACUCUUCAAUUGUGUUUCUGGUAUUUUGACAUGUGGUGGGUGUAUAUCUGAUGAUAUCAACAAUGAAUACUACUGCAGAGAAGCUGAACGCUAUAUAUACUUCCGAUGCGAAAGUAACCUAACCCAGUUGGAAUGGAGUGUAUCCCCGCUUUUUGGAACGAAUGUUAUCUUGAAUGCAUUGGACGAAGAAGAUAAUAUUAUUCGCCGUGGUGGUGUAAGCAUAUUUGUCGACACUAUAGAUAUCACCUCAAGCAAAAGUCAAAUAAUUUCCUAUCUUUGGCUUAAUCUUGAAGAAAUGGAUUCUGAAAUACGUGUAACAUGCAUCAAUGAUGGUGUUUUCUACUGGGUAUUAAAGCCUUCAGGAGAGAGUACACUGAAGCCAAAUAUUACGGAUGCAUAUUUUGUAAGGGAUCCAAACUCCGAAGAAGUGUCUGUGUUUUACAAGUGGGAUUAUCCUAACUUCAGAGAAAUUCUUGGCUACAAUGUAAAGACCUUCCUUGAUGGCCAACCUAUUUCGAGCAUUUCGCUGCCGAAGGCUUCUAUGAUGGAUCUCACAAUGUCCACCUUCCCAAUGAAGGAGAACUCAGUCUUGAAAUCGAGGCUGUAG